GGUUCUCAAUCUCAACCUCAAUCUCAGGAAACGGCCAUAUUCUAUCAUCCCUAACUCACCAGCGACCCUGCUGUGUCUUUGGACUGAAUCCCUACGCCAUCUUUCGAACCACUGUCCUGUCGCUACUAUGCUCUGACAUUCCAACGACUGUCAUCCGCGCUUCCUCCGCUCUGUACCGAACGUGAUGUCUCCACCGCCAACGUCCUCCCACUCACAGACUUGCUUCCUGCAAACAAGUCUGCCUGCUCACGCCGUACCUUCCAGCUUCGGCUGUCCAUGUUGACGGAGCAUGCGCUUCAUCAUCGAUCGUGAACCACUACCAUCACGACCAUUCAAGAGACGGAGACUUCUAUCACACACCGACAUGGCUCGACAUUCUAUGCAUACCUACUACAACGUGGAGAGGUCCACACCCGACCAGACCGGCUUGCAGGAGAAAGAUGAUGAACUUGAAUCACUACCUCUCCAGUGCAAUGAAGAGGGUGGCCUCCGUACGAGUGACAGGGAGGAGUUGAUCCAGUGUAUUAAACGUGGAGAGCGUCCGACGUGGGUACCCAGACCUGGGCUUGAAGCACUGUGUGCUGAAGCCAAUGCUGGACAACGCGAGCCUUCACCUCAAACAUCACGUACUGGAGAAGACUUUGCAGCUCGCUCAACGCCAAUCUCGGGCACGGGUGAACAUGACGAAAUGACCCCAACAUGUAACCAUCCGUCAUCGGCCACCGAGUCACUGAGACGUUCCCUUUCAGCCCUACAUACUGGCGACUUCCACGACAGUUACUCUCAGACAUCCUACGAUGGUGAACGUGCAUUCUUACGAAUCGCCUCAACUUCGCACCAUCUCCAAGGUCACUCGCCUCCCUUCUGGCCGGCCGAAUUCCCAUUCACGUCAAAAUCGCUUUCACCAAGAGACCAUCCCUCACAAAUCCUUAGACGGUCAAGGACACCAUCUUUAGGAAGCAGUCUGGUCCCGAGCUUUGUUAUGCGGAUUCCAACCAGUCCACUUGUCCACUCCAUCAACAAUACCUCCCUAGACUUUUCGCCUCGGGACAGUCCGCUGGGUGCUGUCAAUAGAGGUGCCAGGCGCAGGACGAUGCCUGCAAAUGCUUUUGAAUCACUCCGUAUGCCCAAGGACACCGCCUUCUCUGAUAUCAACAGUCCCGUGUCCGCAUCGUACUCGCACCAGGAUGGAACUGUUUCUCCGCAUCGACCACGUCGGUCGUUGAGCUCCUUCACCUACCAUCCAGCGGCCAGUCUGCAAUCAUCAUUCCCAGUCAGCUCACGCCGCCCGUCAGUGGCUUCCGAUGCUUCUCCACGGCAGCGAGCUUCCAUGGUAGGGUCUUUCGAAGAGUCUAUCCUAAGAGGCAGGAUGUCCAUACCACCGUCUAAACCACUGGACUUUGUCGCACAGAUUGGGGUUGUGGGAAAGGGAAACUGCCCAGCAAGUCUGAAAUGCCCGGCACACGUCACUGUCCCAUUCCCUGCGGUGUUCUACAACUAUCCGUCCUCAAGCGGGUCGAGAUCGAUAUCUGACGACAAUCCGAGUCCAUACGUGGGUACGAUUGACCUUGAACGCAAUCUUACUCCCCCUGAGCCUCUUUCUCGGAAACUUCGCCGUGAUCGGACGUCCCUCGACGCUGAAGACUUGGCGGCCGAAUUUACAAGUCCCGAGAACACUGCGAUUGGAAAGGCUUUGGCCAGAGAUACUAGGGAGAGAAAAGAGAAAAAGACGGCGUCAUCUAAAACACCAGCAGGCGGAGCGUACAGAGUACCGCAGAAGGGGCAGCUUCAAAUAAUCAUCAAGAACCCUAACAAAACCGCCGUCAAGUUAUUCUUGAUCCCCUAUGAUCUGGAGGGCAUGCUGCCAGGUACAAAAACCUUUGUCCGUCAGCGGAGCUUCUCUUCUGGACCGAUAUUGGAAAGUGCACUGGCCGAGACAGCAGCCAAUCUGGAAAGCCGCGAUCCUCUUAGCAACAAGGACAUUCUUCGCUAUCUGAUUCACCUCAAGUUCUGCUCGACGGCCAAAGGUCGUUUCUACCUCUAUGACGACGUCCGUGUUGUCUUUGCGAACCGGGUGCCUGACGGCAAGGAAAAGUUGAGAAAUGAGAUCCAACUACCGGAGCCAAAAUUCAGCCCCUACAAACCGCCCACUGAGGCAGAAAGUCGAAGUCCCAGCAUUCAUAACGAGACCCCCUCUCCUCUGGCACGUACUGCCACAUCUGCACACUUUGGGAGCUUGGACAAUACGCUCAGGAAUGAUUUUGUUCAGACGCAUGCCACAAGCCAUGCCAAGUCAUCGGACCCUUUCAAUGAUCUUCCACAGGUACCCCAGGCUGCAGACAUGGAGAUGGACGUGAAAGUCAACACCCCCAACAACCAGCAGGAGACAGCCCUUGAAUUUGAGCGACCGCUUUCGCCAAUUUCGGGCUUUCUACCUUCCACUUCUCGUCGGGGCUCACCCAUACCGUGGCUAGGCUCUAGCGGCUCACCUGUCGCGCGGAGUCUGUCUUCCACUCCAGUAGAGGCAGGAGAUGGACUUCUUUCUCGAAAACUACGGGAGCUUAAUGGGGGCACUGCGGGUCGCAAGCAUUAGGCGAGCAGACAAAGCCUUCGAAAUGGUGGCUAUUUAGAUGUUUCCCCCCUCGUUCGGGCACUGUCAGCGUUGGCGUAAGUAGGAUAGCACUGUCUACCAAGAUACCCUUAUAGCUAUAGAAGGACGGGGUGUUUAGCACCGAUCGUAUCAUACUUUAUUUUUUUA